UUCACUUGUCUUGCGGUUGAUAAUAAGGAAUCCCAAAGGAGGCGGCUCUCACUUGAAGGCGAAAAACUGUGAAACAAAGUGAAAAAACAACACUCAUAAGUUUUGAUAUUUGCAGCAGAGAUGCAUUUCCAUGUGAGGCAGCUGUUGCGCCUGAGCGGCUGCGUUCCAUUGCGGUGUUGUAGCAGGACAGUGGGGAGGAAAGUGUGCAGCGUUUCAGCCGCACAACAACAACAUCAACAACGACGUGGACCCGCGCGUGUCGUCAGACAUUACGCGUCCGACUCCGCGUACAACCGGAGCUUCGCGUCAGCGAGAGACAAACCCGAGGAGUUCUGGAGUGAAGUGGGACAUGACAUCCACUGGUUUGAGCCGUGGACUCAAACUUUACGCGUUGAGGACCCAGUUUUCCCAAACUGGUUUGUUGGCGGGAAGUUGAACGUGUGCUACAACGCCGUGGACCGCCACGUCGAGGGCGGACGCGGAGAGCAGCCCGCCAUCAUCUACGACAGCCCGGUGACGGGAACGAAACAGGUCAUCACUUUCAGAGAGCUCCAGGAGCAGGUGUCCAGAUUAGCGGGAGUCCUGGUGAAGAAUGGCGUGCACAAAGGAGACCUGGUGGUCAUUUACAUGCCCAUGGUGCCCCAGGCCAUGUUCACCAUGCUGGCGUGCGCGCGCAUCGGCGCCCCACACAGCCUCAUCUUCGGCGGCUUCGCCUCCAAAGAGCUCUCGGUCCGCAUCGAUCACGCCAAGCCCAAGCUCAUGGUUACAUCCUCAUUUGGCAUCGAGCCAGGCAGAAGAGUGGAGUACAUCCCUCUGGUGGAGAGAGCCCUGGAACUGAGCUCUCACAGGCCCUCCAAGGUUCUCAUCUACAACAGGCCUAACAUGGAGAAAGUGUCAUUGAACCCUGAGUUGAGUCUUGACUGGGAGGAAGAGAUGGCCACCGCUCAGCCACACGACUGUGUUCCUGUUCCCUCCAACCAUCCACUCUACGUCCUCUACACCUCCGGCACAACUGGAGCGCCAAAGGGUAUCGUGCGAGACACCGCGGGCUACGCUGUGAUGCUGAAUUGGACCAUGUCAAAUAUUUAUGGGCUCAGUCCUGGAGACGUUUGGUGGGCAGCGUCCGACCUGGGCUGGGUCGUCGGGCAUUCAUACAUCUGUUACGCUCCUCUGCUCCAUGGCAACAGCACAAUUCUCUACGAGGGUAAACCCGUGGGGACCCCAGACCCCGGAGCGUUCUUCCGCGUGCUGUCGGAGCACGGAGCCUCCUCCAUGUUUACGGCGCCCACUGCCAUCCGAGCCAUUCGCCAGCAAGACCCGCACGCCGAGGUUGGGAAGAAAUACCCGCUAACCAGACUGCGGUCGCUAUUCUUGGCAGGCGAGCGAUGUGACGUGGAGACGCUGGAGUGGACAAAGAGAAGCUUCGCUGUUCCUGUUCUGGACCACUGGUGGCAGACUGAAACUGGUUCACCCAUCACCUCCAUCUGUGUCGGUCUGGAGGACUCACUCACACCACCUGCAGGCCAGGCAGGGAAACCGGUUCCUGGUUACAAUGUCACAGUGAUCAGUGACGACAUGCAGGAGGUGAAGCCGGGAACUCUGGGUAAUAUUGUGGUGAGACUACCUUUACCACCCGGUGCAGCUCUGUCACUGUGGCAGAACGAGAAUCUCUUCAAGAAGCUUUACUUCACCAAGUUCCCAUGGCACAGAUUAUCUGCCGGAGCUUUCAUGGACGAGGGCGGUUUCCUGUACAUCAUGUCGCGCUCGGAUGACGUCAUCAACGUGGCCGGUCACAGAUUAUCUGCCGGAGCUUUGGAGGAGUGUGUGUUGCAGCAUCCCGCGGUGGCCGACUGCGCCGUGGUUGGUCUGGAAGAUUCACUCAAGGGUCACGUUCCCUUGGCUCUGUGUGUCCUCAAGAAUGGUGUGAAGAAGAACGAGGAGAAGAUCGUGAAGGAGAUGGUGAACCUGGUCAGAGAGAACAUCGGACCUGUGGCCGCGUUCAGGAACACACUCUUCGUCCGAGCUCUGCCCAAAACGCGCUCGGGCAAAAUCCCGCGCUCGUCUUUAGCUAACCUGGUCAACGGGAAACCUUACAAGAUCACUCCGACCAUCGAGGACCCGGAGGUUUUCAAAGACAUCGAGACGCAGGUGGAAAAAGUGCAGAGACCUCGCGGAGCCUGAACUGAGGAAAAAAAAAAAGCCUGAGGUCAGAUUAAUUUUAGUAACGUCGUUGUUUUCUUUCUGCGAUGAUUUUAACGUCGCGUUCACGAUGCGACGAACCUGGAGCUGCAAACAGGAAGAAGAAGAAGAGUUAGAGGUUGUUAACCUUUUUUGUUUGUCAAACGUUUAAUAUCUGUGGAAGGUGAUGAGGGCCACAAUCGGAAAAGCCAUCAUUUUGACUUUAAUCUGGAUUUUAAUCUGUGACUGAUCUGAAAUCUGACUUUCAUCUCAGAAUUAUGACUUUACCCCCCCCCGUCAAGAAUUCUGUGAUAAUCAGAAAUCUCAGAUUAAAGCACAGAAUUAUGACAAAGAAGUUUGAACUUGGUUGGAAUGAAAGUCUUGGUAUCGUCCAAUCAGAGCCCGGUUAACGUCUGAGGCUUUUAUUUUGCAAAUUUAUGACUACGUCCACUUUUUAUAUCAACUUAAAAGACCAAAUCCAUGGGACAGAGUCAUUAUAUAGUCAUAAAUGUUUAAAAAGUCUUAGGCCACACCAUUAGUUUUUGUUGAUUUAGCAAAGUUGUAAAGUUAAUGUUCCCCUUUUUGCUGAUGCAAAAUUGUGAUUUUAUAUCUAUCAAAUUGUGUGAUAUUUGGCAUUUUGACCAGAGUGAUGUGUCUUAAAUAUUGAGUCAAAUGUUGCUAUUGUUCAAAUCUAAGACUUAGGGGCUAAGGGGCUAAGAUUUUUGCACAUUACUACAUUUAUAUAAAUGAAUAUAUAGAUGUACUUUACUGAUGGGAAAACUGGACAUUUUUGGACACCAAUGCAAUAAACAGCAGUUUUUUUUAUAUCUUGUCAUUAUGAAGUAAAAAAAGGAACAAUAAUGGACUCCUCAUCCACCGACA